UUUUUCUCUCUUUUAGAACGAGAUAAUUUUAUUUUUGAAAAACCUGUAUAUUUAAAAUAGUAUAUCAAUUGUGAAAUGUUAAGUUGAUAAAAAUUUUAAGCGAAAAAAAACAAGAAAAAAAAAAAUCUCUGGACAAUGAUUUCCUCGUCGACCUUAUCCAUACACAACGUUCCCCAGCCACCGUCGCCGACCGCCAUCCAGGCCACCUCCGACCCUAAAUCCGGCGUCUCCACACCAACAUCCGACCCUCAAUCCUCUCCCAAAUCCCAGGCUCGGCGGAUCAAGACGAGCCCUCAGCUGAGCCGCUGGUCCAGGGCUCGCGCCAUCAGAUCCGGCCGGAAAUUGAACCGCCAAAUUCAGCUGCCCAACCGCGAAACCAACAACCCGGAUUCUCCCCUGAGCGACUCCGUCAAUAGCAGCAACAGUAACGGAAGCGAUCUCCUGACUCUUUCCCCGGCCAGCCAAGGGGCGAGCGACGGAGACUAUUCAACGGACGUGGCGGCGCCCGGAAAGUCCAUAUACAUGGUGUCGGACGGUACGGGGUGGACGGUGGAGCACUCCGUUAACGCGGCGCUGGGGCAGUUCGAGCACUGCCUGGUGGAUCGGGUUUGCCCGGUUAACACACACUUGUUUUCUGGGAUUGAUGACGUGGAGCGAUUGAUGGAGAUAAUCGCGCAAGCCGCCAAGGAAGGGGCCAUGGUGGUGUACACCCUGGCGGACCCCUCGAUAGCCGAGUCAGCUCGCCAGGCGUGCCUCCUGUGGGGGGUGGCCUCCCUCGACGUCCUCGGGCCCAUAACCGAGUCCAUCGCCUCCCACCUCAACGUCACCCCAUCGGGCCUCCCUCGGUGGGCCCCGGGCCGCAGGCCCGCGCUCGGCGAAGACUACUUCCGGAGGAUCGAGGCCGUCGAGUUCACCAUCAAGCAAGACGAUGGGGCCCUUCCCGAGAACCUUGACCGUGCGGACCUUGUCCUGACGGGCGUGUCGCGUACGGGUAAAACCCCACUGUCGAUCUACCUGGCGCAAAAAGGGUAUAAAGUGGCGAACGUGCCGCUUGUGAUGGGUGUGGACCCGCCUGAGAGCCUUUUCCGGGUCGACCCGGAGAAGGUUUUUGCAUUGACGAUUAACCCGGUUGUGCUGCAGACGAUUAGGAGGACGAGAGCGAGGAGCUUGGGGUUCGAUGAUGGGAUGAGGAGGAGCUAUUGUGAGAUGGAUUUUGUUAGGGAGGAGUUGGAGUUUGCGAGCAGGAUUUUUCGGCAGAAUCCGGUGUGGCCCGUGAUUGAGGUUACUGGGAGAGCAGUUGAAGAAACUGCUGCUAUUAUACUGAGGCUUUACCACGACAGAAAAAAUAGAUGCUCGAUGCCGAGAAUUUCCAAGCGCUACUGAAUGCAGAGGAAUUCAAUUUCCACUGUCACGGUUUGUUUGUUUGUUUUUUUAAUGUAUGUGCUCAUUGUGUUUUUUGGCUGAUUUACGCAAUCUUUAGCUCGUGUUAAUAGCAUACGGAGACAUUUCAGUAUAAUGAAAAUCGAUGUGUAAAAUUAGCCUUCCGUUUUCAAUUUCAGAAAAAAAAAUGCUCCACCAAGUAAUGUCACACUUGGAACUUGGAAGACAUAUUGCUCUUUUUAUCAUUUAGUCAUUAGUUGGUUCGAUUUGGAGAUUUCAAAUUUCUAGAGUCUUGAAUCGAAAAUUGAAUAUCAUCAAACUCCAAUCUCUGAAAUCGUAUAAAAAUCGGGAUGGUUCAGUAUGGAGAUCUUUAUAUUUCGAUUUCGGAGAUUCGGGAUUGUUGAAAGUUGAAAUAGUUCAUAUUGGAUAUGGG